UAAGAGAUGGACACUUACAAGCCGGAGAUUUCUUAGAUUACAGGGAAAGCGUAGAGACAAAUCCAAAUGUCGCGACCAACUCCCCUUUACGCACGCCCAGGGAUCGCGACCCAGUGUCCACAUUGAUGGGGCCUCCCGAUUCACACAUCCUUUUCAAUUUUACAUUUACAUUUAUAUUUACAUUUUUACAUUUACAUUCAAUCAGGUAUUGAACUCAAAGGACCAAAAGGCCAAGGCUCUGGGAGGGGGAGAAACAUCAGGCAAUAGUAAAGAGAAACAGUUCCUCUGCAUGUUCUGUAAGAAAAGCUUCAGCUGCCUCCAGAAGAUGGAGAUCCACCAGAGGGUCCAUACAGGGGAGAAACCCUUCAGUUGUACCCAGUGUCACAUGCGCUUUGCCCAGGCUGGCAACCUGAAGAUCCACCAGAGGGUCCACACAGGAGUGAAACCCUUCAGCUGUACCCAGUGUCACAUGCGUUUCGCCCAAGCUGGCAACCUGAAGAUCCACCAGAGGGUCCACACAGGAGUGAAACCCUUCAGCUGUAGCCAGUGUCACAUGCGCUUCUCCCACUCAUCCAGCCUGAAUAGGCACCAGAGGGUCCACACGGGAGAAAUCCUACAGUUGCCCCCAGUGUGAGAAGAGAUUCUCCCACCAGAACCAUCUAAAGAUGCACCUGAAGGUCCACACAGGAGAGAGGCCGUUCGCGGGAAGAGGUUCUCCGAGAGGAGCUCCCUCAGGAUGCACCAACUGAAAAAACAUUCCACUCCAUAACAUAGAUAGUAACCAAUCCACUCAGGAAUGGUUUAGAGCAAGCCCUGCAUUAAAGUCAAAGAUUAAUUUUCAUUAUUCUCAGCAAAAAUAUCCGCAGAUUUCAGUGUUGAAUGUUCCUGAAUAGAAUAUUGAAUCCAGAUAUUGUGUGAAUCAGUAUAUAAGGCAUAUACAUGUGCGUGUGUGUAUAUAUACAACAAUACCAGUCAAAAGUUUGGACACACCUACUCAUUCAAGGGUUUUUCUUUCUUUUUACUAUUUAAAAAAUAUAUAUAUAUCGACACUACCUUUUCAAAAGUUUGGGGUCACUUAGAAAUGUCCUUGUUUUUGAAAGAAGAGCACUGUAUUUCUGAUCAUUUUGAUGUUAUUUUAAUGGACAAAAUGGGCUUUUAUUUCAAAAAAAGGACAUUUCUAAGUGACCCCAAAUGUUUGUGUGUGUGUGUGUGUGUGUGUGUGUGUGUGUGUGUGUGAUGUUCACAAAUGCCUAUUUCAUUACCUCCAUUCAACUACUUAAUUGUUUCCCCCAAUACAAUUUUCAUAAGAAAAUUAAUGCAGUUUAUCAAGUUCAUGCUGAUUUCUGGUUGAGACAUGUAUGUGUGGUUUUCAUAUGGUGUAUUUAACACUUGUUUCUGUUUAAUAAAAACAAAAUGUGACUUCUCA